CUGAUGCCUCGACUCAAUCACCGCAAAGCGAGAACGGGAUGUCAACGCUGCAAAGCUAGAAAGGUCAAAUGCGAUGAGGGCAAGCCCAAGUGCUUGGCUUGUGCCCGACACAACGUUCCGUGCGAAUAUGUCGACCCUCAACCGCGCCGCUCGGAGGGCCAUCAGGCGCCAUCUCAUUGCCCAGGAUAUGGCGCUGUAUACCCUCCGAGUGCACGUCAGGUUGCCGCCAUACACAAUCCAGUGCUGGCGGGCGAGCUGAAGCUGGAACUGCGGCUCAUGCGCGAAUGGAUCGUUGAGAUAUGCCCCAUUCUUGCUGCAGAUGUCACUUUCUGGCAGAAGCAAGCGACCGAUCUCGGCUUGGAACACCGCAUUGUACUGGACGCCAUGUUCAGCUUGUCCGCCCUUCAUCUCUCUUGGCCACUCCGAGGUCUCGCUAUCUUGGAUGGCGCGAAUCACAACGUCUCAUCAAGGCGAGAUAUGUUGAUCGUGGCGCAAAAGUACCUUCAGCGCGCACUGGAUGGCCACGGUGUCGCCAUGAACGCUCUCAACGCGGACAACGCCAAGGCUGUAUACGCAACAUCUGUGCUCCUGCUGUACUACUCAUUCUUCAAUCUCGGUGAGAUUGCGUAUGAGCCUACGCUUCCAGGCUACGAUCACACCUUUUGGACUCGACUUUCGGGGCAUACCCAUUACCUGUGCGAGCAGUGGGCGGCUAUGGACCAUGGCGAACAACUUAUGGCCGAGUGGGGUGUAACAUUUGGCCGGCCUCCGCUGCCAGAAGCAGAGGAGCUAUUCAGCCAUGAACAAGGCAAGCCUUUCACAGAGCUUCUCACAUUCGCAGAAGAAUACGAAGCCAACUCCACAGGUAACAGAGCCGUGUACCAACAGAGCGUGGCAUACCUGGCCUUUGUGCACAGAAGUAUUGUUCAGGAACUAGACGCGCCGUUGAUCAAUUGCCAACGACUCGUUGCCAUGCCUUCUCAGCUCGGCAGGCAAUUCACCGAACUCAUCGAACAGAGAGCACCAAGGGCAUUGCUACUGCUCGCACACAUAUUUGCUAUGACAAAACUGCUAUCUGAUCAGGUACCAUGGUUGCGAGGUAUCGCAGAGAGACAGGUUGCGCCAAUCCAGCAACAGAUCCCAUCAGCAUGGCAAGAGAUGCUACGAUGGCCAAUGGAGACGGCAUUCAAUCCCCCAAACGAGACCACCACUGACGAACAAGGGAACGACCAAGCAAUAAGAGAGAUGUUGCAGUACAAUACUGACGAUAAAGGUCAGCCGGUCUCACAGGGUUGAUACUUCACGCUCUGUUUAGAAGUGGUCUCGCCAUCCUGACCGUUACGAAUCGACCACAUUCUGUCAUGCAGUGGUGAGAAUGAAGCUGGUCGUCUCACUGGAUAUCUUGGCUUUUGGCACUGUACUCGGAGAUCAGAUUCGAUAAAGCCAUAGAAAGAGGAGGCAUCCGCUCGCCCGAGUCGCCGAGCGUGAAUGAUUGCCAACGAAAGCUUUCGGUAAGCUGGAUGAUUGAACUGCCACAUUUACACUGCACCAGAUAGCUUCAUGGGUACCACGCUCAGUGAUGGUUCUCUGGACAUAUCUAAGGUCAUCGUCCUUGGAGACAACCGCUUAGCAACAUCGAUCUUGACAGGCUUAUUACCACGCAGUAAUGCCGAUGCGAAUCUCGAAUUACAUCAAGCCGUACAUCCGCGGUCCUCGUCCACAGACACAGCCAACCUGACGAUCCACAAAACCGACUUUUCCUUCGAAUCGAUCAAGUCUCUUUUCGAUGAGAUCCACCCGGAUGCAGUCUUCACCACCUCCAGUGCUGGGUCCUUCGAGACUCAGAAAAGCAUCAUAGAUGCUGCCAUAUCGGCUGGAACACGACGGUUCAUCGCAUCAGAGUUCGGACAAGACAGCCAGAAUACAUUGUUGCAACAACGCUUACCACCACUGCAAGGACGAGCAAAAGUCAUCGCGUACUUGAAAGAGCUGAGUAAGGACGACGGGAUACAGUGGGCGGCAGUAGCCACAGGAUUACAGCUCGACCAAGCACUGAUCAGCGGCAACAUCGGCUUCGACCUGAAAUGGCAGAGUGCCACCAUUCACGGCACAGGCGGUGAACUCUUCGCCGCCAGCAGCACGAGCUGGAACGGAAAGAUUGCCCGCGCCAUCUUACAGCAUUGGAACCACAUCCACAACCAAUACAUCUACGCUCCAGGACUCAUCACCAGUGCCAAUGCCUGUCUGGCAGCUUUACAAGAUUCCACUCGACAGGAGUGGAUGCAAGGAAAAAACGACGUCGAGGAUCUAAUGCGAGAAGCCGAACAGCGCAUGCAUCGCGGGUUUCCUGAUGCGGGAAUGUUUUUGUUGGAAAAGAGCGUGCUGUGCGACGAGAGUCUGGGAGCUGUCGUACCUUUCGAGACGAGCCAUGGACGGGCUAUGCUGGGUUUACAACAGGGAGAGGAUCUUGCAGUCGUGGUCGAGAGGGCGGUACAUGAUUUUAGGCACCAUGGCAAGGGUGAUUGCGGCUGUGGGUAGGUAAGAUACCUAUGGUAGGUACUAGUUGAAGACAGUGACCUAUGACAAAAAAUGGCACCCUGCUGGUUUCCGCUACUAGGUGUUCGUUCUCUAGCACGAGAUGUAGUCUACUCGGUCCAUGGUACAUCUAACUAGUGAUUGGACGGUCAACACUGCAGACAGAAUAAUCAAC